AUGGAAAUGGAAAUUCAAAAAGGCAUCUUGGGAUUCUUUCAACAUGGAAGCAGAGGGUACAAAGCCAGGCUUAAAAUCUGGGAACCAGAUUUCUCUGACUUUGGAGAUAAAUUCCAGCCGUGCCAUGGGGCGCCGAUGAUGGCGCCCAUAUAUCAUGCAUCUUCAGCAGGACUCCGCCAAAGGGUUCGAUUGUUGUUGGACGAAAAAGCCGACAUCAACGAGCAGGGCGGCAGGUACAGCAAUGCUCUCCAGGUUGCUUCAUAUGGAGGCCACUCGGAGAUUGUGUAUCUCCUACUUGAGAGAGGCGCCGACGUCAACGCGCAGGGCGGGGAAUAUGCCAAUGCCCUUGGGGCUGCUUCAGCUACAGGCCACCGGGAAACCCUUGAACUACUGAAUUAA